AUGACUGAUUUGGGUCUGAUAUAUGUUGGGAAUGAUGUUUUGGUGAUCUCAGAGUGCUCUGCUACUGCCCUUUACCCCGUCGUCGUUGUCACGCGCCGCCACGUACGCGUGGAGCUCCUCCCCGGGUACUCUAGGAUCUUGUAUGAAGUCUCUACAUUUUUAGCUUCGAUCAAACUGCUAACUUUCUCACUUGUUCUUCUGAUGGAGGAGACUUUCAGGCGACUAAACGGCAUCGUUCGUGUGCCUGAGUCGGAUCGGCGAGACUCUAUCGCACAGAAUUCAAAGAAGUUCGCCGCUGCCUCGAAGAUUAGCACCACCACCAGCACGGCAGCGAUAACGAACAAGAGGUCUCUGGAAGAGAAUGGUGGCCCUGGUGGGACUAUGAAGUACCGUGGAGUCCGCCGGAGGCCUUGGGGGCGGUACGCCGCUGAGAUACGAGACCCGCAGUCGAAGGAGAGACGGUGGCUUGGAACUUUCGACACUGCUGAAGAGGCUGCUUGCGCUUAUGAUUAUGCUGCUCGUGCUAUGCGGGGGAUCAAGGCUCGGACCAAUUUUGUCUACCCUCCUUCCACCAACAACGAUCAUCUUCUUCCUCAUCCGUUCAACUUCUCCGGGCAAGCACAGCCGUCCAUCAGGGAUCUUAACGGCAAAUGGCCACCCUUUACUAAUCCCCAAGUGGGAGAAUUCUCUGUGGGGUCUGGUCGGCCUCAAAGAAACGUUUCUUUGGACAUGCUUUUAUUACGUGACUUCUUAAACUCACCUUCAUAUCCAUCUUUUCCGGCGUGUCCUCCGUCUCCGGUUAACCAUUUUCCACUGAUCAAUGGAACAGCAUCUGCUCCUUCUUCUUUCUCGAUUCUGCCUAGUUCUACUACGUCGAUUUCCCCAACAAGCGUCAACAAUAUCAAUAGUUCUUUCAUCGGCUCAACUAUGACUCUUCCUCACAAGGAAAAGAACUCAACUCACACAACAGCCGUGGCGCCACCGUCUGCUGCCAUGUCAAAUCCUCAAGCUGAUGCCAUGGAGUUCUUCAGACACGAGUCUUCUGAUUCAGGCUUGUUGCAAGAGAUAAUUCAAGGAUUCUUACCAAAGCCCACAUCAAAAAACUCAGUCACUCAUUACACUCAAGAUUCCAUUGUUCCACCCCCAACUCAUAUGAAGAACGAACAUUUCGGCGUUUAUAUAGAUCACCGUCAUGGUCAUCUUCCUCAACAGUUCGAGAGCUUUAAUGGAGUCACAGGUCAUCAAGUGGUGCCAUACAGCAAUGAGAUACAAGCGAACCAUCUACAGCUAGGUCAAUCUCAAGACUUCAUGUUGGAUGAUAUCUGUCAGUUCCCAGAUUACAUCACAAUAUUGUGUGGAACCCUUUGUCCCGUUAUAGGAGCCAUUGAACAGGAGUUGGAGGGUCUCACGCUGGAUGAGGAGGACGAAGCAUUAAUCAUUGGACAAUCAUAG